UGCAGUGUCUGAAACCAAACAAAGAAAAUACAACGAAAGAAAAAGAAAAGUUUUUAAAAAAGAAAAGCUUUCUGCAAAACCAAAAAUGUCCGCUAAGAUUUCAAUAUUCCAAGCUCUUGUCUUUCUAUUCUACCGGUUUAUCCUCCGGCGAUAUCGGAACCCUAAACCAAAAUACCAAAAUGGCCCUUCUUCUCUCCUCCAAUCUGACCUAUCACGCCACACAUUGAUCUUCAACGUAGAAGGAGCUCUUCUCAAAUCCGACUCUCUCUUCCCUUACUUCAUGUUAGUAGCAUUCGAGGCGGGCGGGGUAAUAAGGUCAAUUAUCCUCUUCAUUCUCUAUCCAUUGAUAAGCUUGAUGAGCCAUGAGAUGGGUGUCAAAGUGAUGGUAAUGGUGAGCUUUUUCGGGGUCAAAAAAGAAGGUUUUAGAGCGGGGAGAGCGGUUUUGCCUAAAUACUUUCUAGAAGAUGUCGGGCUCGAGAUGUUCCAAGUGUUGAAGAGAGGAGGGAAGAGAAUCGGAGUGAGUGAUGAUCUUCCUCAAGUUAUGAUCGAAGGGUUCUUGAGAGAUUACUUGGAGAUUGACGUUGUGGUCGGGAGAAAAAUGAAGGUCGUUGGAGGUUAUUACUUAGGGAUCAUGGAGGAUAAAAACAAACAUGAUCUUGUCUUUGAUGAGUUGGUUCGUAAAGAGAGACUAAACACCGGUCGUGUUAUUGGCAUCACUUCCUUCAAUACCUCUCUUCAUCGAUAUCUAUUCUCUCAGUUUUGCCAGGAAAUUUAUUUCGUGAAGAAAUCAGACAAGCGAAGCUGGCAAACCCUACCACGAAGCCAAUACCCUAAACCAUUGAUUUUCCACGAUGGCCGUCUCGCAAUCAAACCAACCCUAAUGAACACUUUGGUCUUGUUCAUGUGGGGUCCUUUCGCAGCCGCAGCCGCAGCAGCAAGACUCUUCGUCUCUCUUUGCAUUCCCUACUCAAUCUCAAUCCCGAUCCUCGCCUUUUCCGGUUGCAGACUAACCGUCACUAACGACUACGUUACAUCUCAAAAACCAAAAUCAAGUCAACGCAAAGGUUGUCUCUUUGUGUGUAACCAUAGGACUUUGUUGGACCCUCUCUAUGUUGCAUUCGCCUUGAAAGAGAAAAACAUCAAAACUGUAACGUAUAGUUUGAGUAGGGUAUCCGAGAUUCUGGCUCCGAUCAAGACGGUGAGACUUACCCGUGAUCGGGUGAGUGACGGUCAAGCCAUGGAGAAAUUGUUGACCGAAGGAGAUCUCGUGGUUUGUCCUGAAGGAACCACCUGUAGAGAACCUUACAUGCUUAGGUUUAGCCCUUUGUUCACCGAGGUUAGUGACGUCAUCGUUCCCGUGGCUGUGACGUCAAACGUGACCUUCUUCUAUGGUACAACGGCAAGUGGUCUUAAGGCCUUUGACCCGCUCUUCUUCCUCAUGGAUCCUUAUCCUACCUACACCAUCCAAUUUCUCGACCCUGUUUCCGGUGCCACGUGCCAAGAGCCUGAUGGGAAGUUGAAGUUUGAGGUGGCCAAUCAUGUUCAGAGUGAGAUUGGGAAGGCGUUGGAUUUCGAGUGCACAAGUCUCACUAGAAAAGACAAGUAUUUGAUCUUGGCCGGUAAUAAUGGAGUAGUUAAGAAAAAUUAAAAUUGUUUUUAGGUUUUGAGUGAGUGAGUUGAGUUCUUUGGAUGUAAGUAACCAAUCGAUUAUUUCAUUUGUUUAUUAAUAAUGUCUACGUAAAUGU